AAUAAAGAGCGGCCAUCUUUACACAACACAACUGCUACUCCUGCGUGAGAAAGGAGAAAGAGAAAACAAAUGACCUGCCGGGAUUUCCAUUUCUACAUGUGUCAUUUAUCUGAGGACAUUUAAAGACAGUGAGACACCAUGACCUAGUGAUCUUCAACAGGACAACAGUGGCGCAGAGUGUCCCACCUCUCCCUGAACCUCUGCACCUCUGACAGCAGACUGCAGUCCAGUUGCCUGACAGACAUCGCCACUCCCCCAAAAGAAAUAUGGAUCCCCGUGGGAGUUUUGUGCUGGAGGGGGACUCUGGUGCAAUGGGGUCCCUGGUGCCGAGCCCACGGAGUGAUGCGGUGACCCAUGACCUGGAGGAACUGUCUCUACAGCCCAUUCAGAGCCUUCCACCCCUUAAAGAGCGUAAGAACGUGUUGCAGCUAAGACUACAGCAGAGGCGCACCCGUGAGCAGCUCGCAGCCCAAGGCAUAAUGCCACCAUUGAAGACUCCAGCAGUUUUUCACGAGCAGGUCCGAAGUCUGGAGAGAGCAAGAACUGAGAAUUUCCUGAAGCAUAAAAUUCGUAGCAGACCUAAACGAGCCGAAUUGGUCCGUAUGCACAUUUUACAAGAAACUCAGGCAGAGCCUUCUUUGCAGGCCACUCAGAUGAAACUGAAGCGGGCUCGUCUGGCUAAUGAUCUCAAUGAGAAGAUUGCACAGAGGCCUGGACCAAUGGAGCUGGUGGUCAAGAACAUCCUGCCCGUCGACUCCACUGUCACAAAAGCUAUCAUUGACAAUGACGAGAACUCGCUGGAUGUUUAUAAAUUCGAUGAUGACAGUAGUGAUGCUCUUUCCCCGGAGCAGCCGGCUAGCCAUGAGUCUCAAAGUUCUGCAUCAUCCCCCAUCGAAGCCAGAAUGUCUGAUAUUUCGUCUGUUUCGCCAUCAGCCAGCUCCAGCAUACAGUUGUGUCCACCUACAAACCUAACCAGAACAUCAGUAGAAGAUCAAGCAAGCAGUCGUGAAAUGACGAUCACUCACCCAGUCACUGCGGCAGCUCCCACUAAGCCCGGACCCACCCUCGUGAAGCAAAGUCAGCCCAAACAGGCCGGCGAGAAGAGUCGCAGCAAGAAGAGCAGAGAACCUAAACCCAGAGUUAGGAGGCUGAAGUAUCACCAGUACAUCCCACCUGACCAGAAGCAAGAACCCAAUGAAGCUCCCAUGGACUCGGCGUAUGCCAGGCUCCUUCAACAACAGCAGCAGUUCCUGCAACUGCAGAUCAUCAGCCAACAGCAACAGCACUACAAUUACCAGGCAAUUUUGCCGGCGCCCCUCAAGCCAGUGGCUGAAAGUCAAAACAGCUGCCCUAACGUUACCCUGACCAACAGCCCAAGUCUGCACACUCCAUUUGUGGUAUCUUUACCCAGCACUGCCCCGUCACGUCCCAACAACACCGCGAACUGUCGUAAACAGGGCGCCUUGCCUUCCAGUCUAGAUGAGAUGAAGGUGGCUGAGCUUAAGACGGAGUUGAAACUGCGCGGACUUCCGGUGUCUGGCACCAAGAUGGACCUCAUCGAAAGGCUCAAGGCCCGCCAGGAAACCUCUCAACUUGCAGACACCAACAUCUCCAAAAGUGCUCUGCAAGCUGACGGCAUGAGCACAACUCCCCCCGUCUCACCUGAGGCCUCCAGCAUCAACAUGGAGGAAAAUAAGGACAGUCCUGCUAAAGCCCUUUCACCCCUCAAACACGAAGACGUGGCCAUGGAGACCAAAGUGUCCGAAAAAGACCAGCGGCUCCACGAAAAGGAGCGCCAGAUUGAAGAGCUAAUGCGCAAGCUGGAACAGGAGCAGCGCCUGGUGGAGGAGCUGAAGAUGCAGUUGGAAGUGGAGAAGAGAAGUCAGCAGGGCGGACCCGAACCAGAAUCUCCGGUCCACGUGAAAGAUGAAAAUGGUGCUGCCCCCAGCUGCAACUUUAAAACCAGUCCCCUGCGGCAAACCACGGUGGUGAAACAGGAAGAGUCACGUUUUCAGAUGCACCACACCCCAGUUCAGCAAUACUACAUCAACGCCCAGCAGGUCCCCAAUGUGCUGCAUCAGCAGACGGAGGCUAUGAUCAACACUCAACCUGCUACACAGAUCCUGUUGCCCCUGUCUCUGCCCAAUAGCAUCAACCUGACCAAUAACCCCAUCACCACGCAGGCACAGAGUAUUCUUCAAUCAUCAGUGCCCGCUUUGGCACAAAACCUCCUGCAAACACAGAUGUCUGACAAUACACUUACACAGCAACACUCCAACCAGACGCAAACUUCACCUCAAGCAUUGUCCCUGUGUGCAAGCUCCACCUCUGGGUUUGAGUACAGACAGAACCAGAAUCAAUCCAUGGCUGAGAUGCCCCAGUGCUUCCUCAGCACUUCACCUAGAGUCUCGCCGAGACACACGACCCCAAACGGACCUAGUAACAAACCCCCGUCACCCUGUCAGAUGAGUAACAUUCUCCAGCCAUCUACAUUCACCAAUCAUCACAGCCCAAAGAGUAAAGACCCGCCUCGCUACGAAGAGGCCGUCAAACAGACCCGUGGCCUUCAAGCGUCGAUGCAGGUUCCCACUGCUACAAGUCAGCACAUGGACGACUUGUUUGACAUUUUGAUCGAGAGCGGAGAAAUAUCCCCUAUGACCAGACAGGAUCCUUCUCUCGACAAACACCUCCCGGUUACAGCUAACAUCACCACCCUACCUAUCAACACGGUGCUCUCACGCCCUCCACCACAGAUACACGUGGCCCGUACGCCCAACCAACCCCAAGUGGCCCUGGCUUCAGAUAACCAGCUGGAGGCCCUGCUGGGGGAAACGGAGCCACGGACCUUGCGACUGAUCGAGGAACUGAAAAGCCAGCUGCUGGAUCAGCCCCACUCCCCGAUGGACACUUCAGAUCUGACCUUCAGCGACACACCGACCUCCGCCCUACAUCUGCAGGACACCGGCCUCGACAACAUGGAGUGGUUGGACCUGACCAUUCCGGGUACUGCUGGUAUCUCCUCUUCUGCUGUCUUUUCUUCAGAUUUUCUGGACUCGCCCGAUCUACAGUUACACUGGGAUUGAGGACUUUGGGAUAGACUCCUGGGACCUCAUUUAUAAAAUGCUGCGUAGAAACCAUCCUAAAUGCAAUCAUUUUGCGUACGUGUGAUUCGUUAAAAAAACGUACGUACAGAAAACUUGUGUACACCGUAUUGUCAGAUGUGAAAUCUAUAAGUCAUAAAUGAUCUUAAAAAUUAUACACAGCUGAACAGUUUCAGAUCUCCGCCUUUAAAUGAUGCCUAAUUAAUGUCACUUGCAUGUGAAAGAGCACCUGAAAAUGUUUAAAUCAAUUUCGACCAGAUAGAAUGGCUUACAUUUCCAAAAAAACUGACGUGACCCUAAGCACGUUUCCACUUCAAAGAUUGUUUUCAUAAUGCUGCGUUCACACCAGCCGCGGUAGAGACGUCAAGUGCGAGUGAUUUCAAUGUGAAGAUGCGUUGACGCGCAUCUGGAGGUCUCGCGGCGUAAAUUUGCCUUUAGAGCGGUAGAUGCGAUUCCGCCUCGCGAAUUGAGCGUUGCCGUGGUAAAGGCGCGAGUUGAAAAAGAUGAACUUUGGCGGAAAAGCGCGCCGCGUUAACCAAUCAUGAGCUUGGGCUAGUAGUGAUGUGAUUACGGGAAGCGAGCGGAGUUGCAGAAGCCUCUUCCAUGACGCAAAUUUCCGUGUGAAUGUCUUAAUGACUAGAAUUUCACGCGUGAAUGAACGAGUAAACUCAAACUGUUCAAGCGGCAAACUAGGCGCCUCAAACGCUGCUGAUGUGAACCCACGGUAAGGGAUAAUCGACUGCUUUCUGUGCAUUAAUGGUAGCAUUUAGUGGUGAGAUUGCGAAUUGCAACCAACCUAAAUUUCACAACGUGAUGGAAAGCUACGGUAGCCGCCACAGGACAAACCUUUCGUCCGAAUUUGACCAAAUGGGUCAAUUUGGGUUAAACAGUGGGUUAUUUUCGUCCAUUACUGUGCAUUAAACGAUUUUAUUCCAUAUGUUACAGCCAAUCAGAAUCAAGAAUUCCAACAAACCAUAGAAUCAGUAAAUAUGAACGUUGCCGUUUAUUUUUGCGUACGCACACUGUACGAUCAAACCGCUUUAUAUAUGAGGCCCCAGAAGAAUGGAAGAAGACCGGUUAACCCUAAAGGACCACAAGCUUAGGGUUUGGGCAAGUGACGUCCAGUCUCUUUAGACUCUCUUUAGACCGAUUCACUUGUUCAGAUUUUGCUGAGCAUUCUGGGAUCACACGAUCUGUGCCCAGACAACAAUUUAUACAGAUGGCGACCACUGAUAGUUUAGCAUCGGCUUUUCUCAUUUGUGCCUAUAAAUGCAGAUCUGUGCGUGGUAGUAUACUGUUACCAACAUCUCUUUCAAGGCAGAAAAGAAUGUAGAGACACUUCAUCAUUUUCACUUAUACAUGUAGGCAGUUUUGACAUUUUGCUUUCCAUAUUUUGAAGCGGUUUUUUUAUUAUGCUUUGAAUUGUGACCCUGUCUGUGAAAUCCACAUUAAAGUCUCAAUGUUAUUCUGAGAUUAGAAGGAUCAAAAUUCGAUUUUGGAUAUUGACACAAUAUUCAAUAUUAAAGAUAUCAAUGGUAUAUUUCUACACAUUAUGUAGGAUGAAUUUAUAUGUAGGAUUAAUUGUUAAACAUUAAAAAAAUGACUUUAGCUAGGUUGUCACAGACAGGGUCAAAAUCGAUAGAUUUAUAGUGAGUUCAUAUCACACCUUUUGGAGAAAGUGAGGAUUAUACGCACAGCUGUUGUGUUUUUGAUAUUUGCCUAGUUCAAUGUUUAGAUUAAAAUGUUUUUUUAAUGUCAGACAUUUGUGAGGGAAAUCUAGUGCCAUGGUUGUUGUUGAUUUACUGAAGGAAAUCAGUCCGGUGGAUCAUGUAGAUUUACAGUCAGCUGCACUUUUCCAUUAGGGUACUCCUGUUAAUUUUGGCAGCUAAAUAAUGGUGGACAAACAAGAGAUCUGUUGAAACAUAUCGUCCUCGAUUUGCAAAACAUUCAAAUUUAUCCCUGACACAUCGCUGGCAACUAGUCUGUGGACAAUCGGGGAGAGUUUGUUUACCAAACCCAACGUGGGCCAAAAACAAAGCGAAUGAGAGGCGCACACACUUUACACUAGAGGGACCUUUAUCAUCCCUAACAAAAGAGUGGUUUAACUCGGCAUACAGAGCAGAUGAUCUAGUAUUGUUGUGUUUCUUAACCUUGGAAAAACCAUUGAUUUGAUUUUUCCAUAUCCUGAUAUGUGCCGAAUGACAUCACUGCAGUUUGAUUGGUCAGACUCUAGUGUGACUCGUGUACAAUGUCGAAGCCUAAAUUUACAAUAUUUCACAGCUUCAUUUAUUAGCACUGAGUACAGAUUGUUGACAGAUGAUGCGUUUUUGUGAAUGUACCUUAAUCACUAAACCUUGGCUUCAUUUAUUGCAAUGUUUCAGUUUGUCUCUGUUUAUCUAUGAAAUGUGAAAAUGUAGCACCAUCUGCUGGAAAUUGUUAAAACAGACAGCCGAAUGAAUUCGUACACCACUUUCUGCAGUGUUUGGCAGAUGUAAUAGCAGAUCACAAGCCUCAAUAUUCAGUAAAAUAUGCCAAAAAAAUAAUGCACUUACUUGACUUUGGAAGGAACAUUAACUCAUUGACAAUCAUGUCCUUAUCCAAACAUGUCGUCAACGCGAAAGAAUGUAUUUCUAUAUUUGGAAAUGUAAUUUUUAAGGGAAUUUUAUUCUGUCUCUAGCAGAGAUCCAAAGCUUAUGAUUAUGUAAACAAACCAUUUUACUGCAUUUAUGCAGUGCUUAUAUGUAUCGUAAAGGGGACAUAUCAUGAAAAUCAGACUUUUUUCAUGUUUAAGUGCUUUAAUUGGGUCCCUAGUGCUUCUGUCAGCCUAGAAAAUGUGAAAAAGAUCAACCCAGUAACUUAGUUUUGGUAAACCAUUCUCUGCAAGCAUGCAAAGAAAUAGGUCAUUGAAAUGUGGCUCCCCUUGUGAUGUCAGAAGGGGAUAAUAGCGCCCCUUAAUCUGCACUAUCAACCACAGCACUUCCAUUUAGUGCAGAGAUCGCUCAUUUGCAUUUAUAAGGACACACCCCAAAAAAUGCCACACAUCAAUAUCUAUAUGAUACUUUGAGUUAAAACUUCAUAAUAUGUACUCUGGGGACACCAAAGAUUUAUUUUACAUUUUAAAAAAGUCUUGUGAAAUGUCCCCUUUAAAUGUAUACAUUGUUUAAUGUGCAAAAAGACCUUUAUAUGUAUUCAAGGCUACAGCUGACAAAAUUAUAUCAAAAGAUCUUAUAUGAAGUUAUAUAGGUGAUAUGAGGUGUUUAAGUUUUUUGUACAUGUCAAGCACAUUGAUUAUCUGUUGGGCAGAACAAGUCCAGUCUUUUAAAGACUAGCAAGUGAGUCACUAAAUCCUUUUGACCCUUUAGAGCGUGAUGUAGAGCGUGUAUGCCUCAUAUUUGCACAGUGUAUAUAUUUUUACAUUAUACAUUUUAUACAAACAUAUUUGUGCAACUGUAAAUAAUGUUUUGAGGUUGUCUUUGUAUAUAUUUUUAUUGUACUGUGUAUAUACAGCCUUUUAUCAUUAAAAUGUUUCUGUAUUUCAAUCCUGAA